GCCUUUAGGCGAGUGCAAUUUGAAAAAAUUGUCAAAUACAGGGACAAUGGCAAUUUUUCUGCUAGAUGCAGUUUAAAGCUAUGUUGAUUUUGGAACCACGUGUUGUUGUUUUCAGUCUUCAGGCAAUGAUACUGGGUUAUCGAGGUUGUUUUACCAUUUACAUGGAGAAACCGUUUCGUCAACGGUUUGUGCAAAUGAUAAGCAGAAAUGCCUGAUGGCAAUUGCAAGUUCCGUUCGACUUGACCAUUUACCAAUUACUCAGAAACCUCUCAAUUUACCAAACGAGGCUAGGACGAGUUUAACCUGAUCAUACAUUCCAAGAUGGCGAUGAAAAAUUGCAAAUGGUAAGCCCAUUUCAGGUGGAAAUUUUGGACUACCUUUCAAGACGUUUCGUUAAUAUAGAAAAUUUCCCGGGUGUUCGCGCAAAAAUUUUCUCACCGUUCACAGUCUGACUGAAAUUUGAGGAAUUUUUUUGGGUAAAUGGUAAGCAACCCGAACCUCACAUUCAGAUGUAAUGAUCAAAAAGAAGUAAGCAUCUUCUCUCUAUUAAAAGCCCUACCUUGAGUUACCAAAUGUAAAUUAGUAGCCCGAGUGCUGAAUCACAUCAUCAUGUUACUUAACACGUAAUGAAUUAUGGCUAAUUUUAUAAAUAUAAAAUUUUUACACACGAUCUUGUUCACCUUUAGCAUGACCCAGACACAUGUAAAUGUUCACCAGGCGGAAGUGAUGGCAACUUUGUCAUGUAUUCACGAGCAAGCGACGGACAUGAACCCAACAACUUCCUGUUUUCUCCAUGUAGCAAACAGGAAAUAUCGCCCGUAAUCUCUUCGAAAGGACAGGAGUGUUUCAUUGCUCAUAGCAGUGGCUCGUACUGCGGAAACAAGAUCGUGGAGGAGGGUGAGGACUGUGAUUGUGGAAGGCCAGAGGAAUGCCUGGAGGUAGACAAGUGCUGUGUGGCGAGAGAUGAUGCCUUGAACAUACCCGGAUGUACGGUCAAGCAAGGAGAGCAAUGCAGGUGUGUGUCACCCCGUAUGUAUAACUUUAUAACGAGCAGCUUGCAAAUCAUCAUCAUCGUCAUCAUCAUCAUCAUCAUCAUAACUUUGUACACUAUUAUUACAAUGUAUUGGGUCUGUACAGUUCUUCUUCAAAUCCUGGGUAGCAUCUGAACUGCCAGACCGUAAAGCAGUUUAACAAAAAGCCAACCUGAUAUGUUGCUUUGCGUAUGGGCCCUGCACCUGCAGUACAGCGCCAGUCAAAACUGAGCUGUCCUACAGAAACGACACGAUAACAGUCUUUUUCUUCAAAGCUAGCAAAAACUUAAGAUUAUGCUAAGUUGCUUUGACCUUUUCUUAUGCUUAACUCAAGAAUUCUGGGUUUAAUUUGCCAAU